UAUCUCCAGAGGAGACUAUCUACUCGGGGAGUUCAAGCUGUUUUUUUCAUGCCAUUGACAUGGAUCUUGGAUCCUGGACUUUCUCCGAACUGCGACAGAUGUUGCUUCUUUUGCCAAAAACAACACUCUCUGUUUUGAAAAGCAUACGAUUUGUUCAAAAACAGGAGGGAAGAGGGUUUUGUUUUGUUUUGUUUUUGGACUGGACUUUUACUUAGCAAACAGUGCGCUUUAAAUAUGGCACGCGAUAAUAAUGCAUGUAGUGUGAAGGUUCUGGGAGCUCGAGAAGUCGCCCUGACAACUUAAAAAAAACAAAAAAAAAACAGAUAUGCAUUAUAAAAUAUAUACAUGCAUAGGAAACGUAACACGGUACAACUGUGAACUCAGUGACUCUGAAAGGGAUAGAUAUAUAUGAGAGAGAGAGAGAGAGAGAGAGAGAGAGAGAGAGACGGGAAAGGUUCCAUGUAGUUAAAAUACAAAGGCACCGGUUUUAAGAGUUAAAGAGUACACGUUCAACCUGCCCUGUACCACCCGGUCGACGGAAGAGCUCUCCCUGUCAAAUGGAGUCCUGUUACUUUAAGAGCGAACAUGAUUUUUUUUUGCUUUUCCUAAACUGAUGUUCAGCGCGCCCCCUCCUCGAGUCGCCGGAAGGGGGAUGUGAUGUAAAAAUCACAGCGAAACUUUUUUUUUUUUUUUUUUUUUGCCGUUCUUGUGUAACGUUGUAACGGGGUGAAACAUCUAGUUAUUAUUCGCAGUACUGUAACCUCGGAUUUAUUCACCGGUCCAUGUUUUCCACCGUGUAAUAUACAAGCGCCUAGAGAAGACUUAUUACCGAUUCUUGCUGGAAAACCGACGAGUUUACGCAUCAGCUAGAGUGGUGGAACAGAACAGGAAGUGACCUCACAAGCCACAGAGCCCCAUUAAUGAGAUGUAGACGCCAAGCCGUGUCCCGCGGACGAUCUCCGGACAGACGCCCUCAUCGAGCUGCCUCUCUCCACCAUGCUGUUCCUCCUGCUGCUGCUCCUGCCUGCAGAGUCGCGCUCGCAGACAGACCCCGCACAAUGCCGCUAUGCACUGGGCAUGCAGGACGGCUCAAUAGCAGACGAUGACCUCACCGCAUCCAGCCAAUGGUACGAGUCGACUGGGCCCAAGUACGCCAGGCUGGGCAGGGAUGAAGCAGACGGCGCCUGGUGUCCAGCUGGCCCGCUCCACCCCUCGGAUGAGCAGUUCUUGCAGGUGGACCUGCGCAGCCUGUGCUUCGUGACUCUGGUGGGGACACAGGGUCGGAGCGGGGGGGGAGCAGGGAAGGAGUUCGUCAGAAUCUACCGGCUGGACUACAGCCGAGAUGGAGACCGCUGGAUAUCCUGGAAGAGCCGGACUGGGCAGAAGGUGAUCCAAGGAAACAGCAAUGUCUACGACGUGGUUCUGAAGGACCUGCGCCCGCCCGUCAUCGCCCGCUACCUGCGCAUCAUCCCUGUCACUGAGCUCACCAGCACUGUGUGCAUGCGCAUGGAGCUCUACGGCUGCAGCUGGCACGACGGGCUGUUGUCCUACAGCGCCCCCGAAGGUCAGAUCAUGGCAGUGCCUGGGUAUCCCAUUGCCUACCUCAACGACUCCACCUACGAUGGCUUCCUGGAGCGCAGGCUGCUGUUCGGAGGGCUGGGGCAGCUGACGGACGGGCUCUUGGGGAUGGAUGAUUUCCUGCAGACUCACCAGACCCGGACCUGGCAGGGCUACGACUACGUGGGCUGGAGGAACGACAGCCUGGGCCCAGGCUACGUGGAGAUGGACUUCCUCUUCGACAAGCAGAGAAACUUCAGCUCCAUGAAGGUGCAUUGCAACAACAUGUUCUCCAGGGGUGUGAAGAUCUUCAAGAAGGUGUCGUGCCUCUUCAAGCCCCGGCUGAUCUCCGACUGGGAGCCCGAGCCCGUGGGCAUCACCACCGUGCUGGACGACAAGAACCCCAGCGCCCGCUUCGUCACCGUGCCGCUGGGCAACCGCGUGGGCAAGGAGCUGCGCUGCCAGUUCUCCUUCGCAGACACCUGGAUGAUGUUCAGCGAGAUCUCCUUCCAGUCCAACAUGGAGGUGAUCAAGCCCAGGGUGAUUCCAGUCCACACACGCCUGCCUUCCCCCCUGAGCACCGCAGAUCCUGAGCCAGAGCUCUCCACCACGCUUCAGAGUCAAGAGACCACGCCCCCCUUCAUGGUGAGCUGGCCCGUGGAUCGCCCUGACGACGGCAGCACCUCCGUCCUGAUUGGCUGCCUGGUGACCAUCAUCCUGCUUCUGCUGGUCAUCAUCGUCCUCAUCCUGUGGUGUCAGUAUGUGCGCAAGGUGCUGGAGAAGGCCCCCUGCCGGAUUCUGGACGAGGAGGUGAUGGGGCAGCAUUCUUCCUGCAGCGACACCAUGGUGGUUCACAGCUCCCAUAGCAACCCUACCUACGAGACAGUCUUCCUGCUGGACCCAGAGUACCAGGAGCCUGUCCUGCUGCUGCACAAGCUCCCCGAGCUGUCCCAGAGUGCGGAGGACUCGGUUCUCAUCCUUAGCAACCCAGCCUAUGACCUUUUCAUCCCAACUUCCUUUCCUCUGAUUGGCUGGCAUAUUAUGAAGAGUAAACCAAUUAGCACGAACGUGUGCAGUGGUGAUUAUGCGGAGCCGGAUCUUACCCAGUGCACUCCUCACCAGGGUUUCCAGAGCAGCGUGCCGCACUAUGCCGAGACAGACAUCGUGAGCCUGCAGGGCGUCACCGGGAGCAACAUGUACGCCGUGCCGGCACUCACCGUCGACUCGCUCACUCGCAAGGGCAUCUCCGUCGGGGAGUUCCCACGGCAACGGCUGCACUUCCGCGAGAAGCUGGGGGAGGGGCAGUUCGGGGAGGUUCACCUGUGUGAGGCGGAGGGGCUGCAGGAGUUCCUGGGGGGAGUUGUCCCGCUCUCUGACCCCGAUGGACGGCCUGUACUCGUCGCUGUCAAGAAACUGAGAGCCGACGCCUCCAAAAAUGCCAGGAACGACUUCCUGAAGGAGAUCAAGAUCAUGUCUCGGCUCAACCACCCCAACAUCGUCCGGCUGCUAGGCGUGUGCGUGUGCGCGGACCCACUCUGCAUGAUCACGGAGUACAUGGAGAACGGAGACCUCAACCAGUUCCUGUCCCAGCGCGAAAGCGAGAGCACGCUGACCCACGCCAACAACAUCCCCUCUGUCAGCCUCCCGAACCUCCUGCACAUGUCGGCUCAGAUCUCGUCGGGGAUGCGCUACCUGGCAUCUCUGAACUUCGUGCACCGCGACCUCGCCACGCGGAACUGCCUGGUCGACCACCAGCUCACCAUCAAGAUUGCCGACUUCGGCAUGAGCCGCAACCUGUACAGCGGGGACUACUACCGCAUCCAGGGCCGCGCCGUGCUGCCCAUACGAUGGAUGGCCUGGGAGAGCAUCCUGCUGGGGAAGUUCACCACAGCGAGCGACGUGUGGGCGUUCGGAGUGACGCUGUGGGAGAUCUUCACCCUGUGCAAGGAGCAGCCCUACAGCCUGCUGUCCGACGAGCAAGUCAUUGAGAACACCGGCGAGUUCUUCAGGAACCAGGGCCGACAGAUCUUCCUAUCGCCCCCCCCGCUCUGCCCCCUGACUCUCUUUGAGCUCAUGCUGCGCUGCUGGAGCCGUGACACCAAGGACAGGCCCAGCUUCGAGAGGGUGCAUUGCCACCUACAGGAGCACAUUGCCUAGCCCUGCCGGGACUCUGCAGAGGAGGGAUACUGGGACACCCUAACCCACUACAGCUCACCAGAGGGCUACUGGGACCCCCUAACCCUCUACAGCUCACCAGAGGGAUACUGGGACCCCCUAACCCACUACAGCUCACCAGAGGGGUACUGGGACCCCCUAACCCACUACAGCUCACCAGAGGGAUACUGGGACCCCCUAACCCACUACAGCUCACCAGAGGGAUACUGGGACCCCCUAACCCACUACAGCUCACCAGAGGGAUACUGGGACCCUCCUAACCCACUACAGCACACCAGAGGGGUACUGGGACCCUCCUAACCCACUACAGCACACCAGAGGGAUACUGGGACCUCCCUAACCCACUACAGCACACCAGAGUGGCACUGGGACCCUCCUAACCCACUACAGCACACCAGAGGGAUACUGGGACCCCCCUAACCCACUACAGCACACCAGAGUGGCACUGGGACCCUCCUAACCCACUACAGCACACCAGAGUGGCACUGGGACCCUCCUGACCCACUCCAGCUCAUCCCUCCCUGGGACUGUGCCACUUGCUUUCUUCCUGGACAACAGUGGACGUGAAAAAUGAUCCCCGUUUUUUAUUUCUGAGAGAGAGAACUGAAGUUGAGGACUGGGUUACCCCAAGCAGUCCCUCUCUCCUCCCCCUCCCAACUCUGUCUCCAGAAUUAUUGUUUGAGUUUUCAUGGAACCAGCUCUCAAGAUUCUUCCACAAAACAAAAGCUAUUUACUUUGAUUUGUCUGUGAGGUCCUGUGGUUCAUUUUGUAAAGCACUGCUGUUUUUUUUUUGUGUGUGUUUUUCUUUUUAUUCCUCUCCCACACUGGAGUCAUUUUUAUUUUCUUUUGGAAUUGUUGUAUUUUUUUUUGAUGAUGAUGAUAUAUUAUUUUGAUUAUUCUUAAUAAUAAUAAUUAUAAUAUUAUUUAGUUUCCAUGGAUAUGAAUGUUGUUUUAAAGGGUAAAAGGUCAGGCUUGUUUGUGCCCUCCCUGACCCCUGACCCCUGGCUGAAGGACACUUUAGAAGCAGAACUACUGUCCUCGCUAGAAUAGGAGCCGUACUGACCAGGGGAAUGUGGAGCCAAAAAAGGACUGAUGUGCAAUGGAUCCUGUGGGACUGAAAGUCAACUCCAGGGCUGCCUGUGUACAAGGAAACUUAGGGGAGGGGAGGGGGGCGCAGUGAGACUCGACUCGGACUCGACUCGCUGACACUGGGUUUGUAGCAUUGCCCGCUCAAGAUGACAUGAUGGUCCGUUUGCCCCAUUCAAAGUCCACCGCUCACUGUGGGAGGUUUGAGGAGUAGAGGAACUAUAUUUCCCAGGAGCCAUUGCUGCAAUAAUCCUGUGGUUUCCUGUUAUCACAAGAUUGGAAAUGACGUGUGGGUGUCUAUAUCCAUGUGGUACAGUCUGUGUAGCUAUAGCCAUGUGGUAGGGUGUGUGUGUGUGUCUGUAUCCAUGUGGUACAGUCUGUGUAGCUAUAGCCAUGUGGUAGGGUGUGUGUGUGUGUGUGUGUGCGUGUGUGUGUGUGUGUGUGUCUUUGUUCAGGAAACCCAGCCUAGUGGCUCAGUGAUCGCACUGGAACAGUUAGGAGCACAUGUAGCUACAGGAAGUGAUGUCUUGUCCCUUCCUGCUGUUUUAGUACAGUUGCUGUUCUUCCUCCUAACAUAUUGUUGUAUGAAAGGAUUGUGUGGCUGUCCUGUACAUAGUGCAGUCACAGUACAUGUGUACAGUAAGAUAUGGGGAGAUUCAUUCUUGCACCCUGGUAUUUGCUUUAGGUUUUUUUUUUGUUUUUUUUUUAAAAGACAUUUUAAGAAAUAGCAAUAACUUCACAUCUGUUUGUUUGUUUGUUUUUUGUAAUAAAAAUUGCUUUGCUUUAGUAUUGAAGCAAUUUGUAGAUAUGUAGAUAUAGUAGUUUUUGUGUAAUUAUCAGUGUUGAUUAAAUAAAACCCUAUCAAAACGUU